GAGGAUGGGAUUGAAAGCGACGAAAAAGAGAAGGAAAAUAAUGUAUACAGUUUAUUUCUGGCAAGAGUGAACGGAGAUAUUGCUGUUGAACUUCAUUCCAAGAAACAGAAUCAAAUAAUGGCCCAGUUUCUUUACUGGCGAAAGAAAUCGCCUGAUAAAUUCCUGGUUCUGGCACACCAAGAAGCUAUUCAAAUUUACCAAGUGGAAGGAAGUGAUGAUGAAAGUGAGCAGAGAGCCGUUGAUGUGAGAGUGAGUGGGGCAGUGGAGACGAUAGUGGGUGCAUUCGCGUGGGGUCAGUGGGACCCCAUACACCAGGCGCUCUACCUGAUCCACUACCGCAAGCCGAUGCAUCGUGUGGAGGGCGAAACUCAACCUGACGAGACUGAACUGGCUCCCACUCUGUCAGCGCUCCAGUUUCAUGAGGACAUGCCACACGAAACUGUCUUGAACAUACCGCUGAACUUGCCUGGCAUGGAGGGAGAGAAGGGUGAAGCUGCUGCAGCAGCUGAGUGUCGCACGUAUGAAAACGACGCGGUUCCGCUGAGAGUGCACGACUGCUCACUAGAUGUCACCGUGGUGUCCGACUCCAAGGGUAUCCUCUGUAUUUGUCAUCAUUACUUGUAUCAGCCAGUGAAGCCGCCGACAAGUGAAGUAAUGGAUGAAAGCAAUACGGUUCACUUUGCCUACUCGGUUACACUGCUGCAUCACGGCCAUGUUAUACAUUGUAACAUCCCCGGCAUACCGUUCUCACAGGCUUCCACGCUCAGACCCACCUUCACCAUGUAUAACGACCAACACCUGCUAGUGUACUGCGCAGAUGUGUUCAUCCACAUGUUGGACGUCGGCCAAAAGCACGAGCCUUGCUGCCACAUUCUGCUCGGCAGCCAUUUUGAGGAGGCCGCGGCCGAGGUGUCGUCGCGCCUCGUCACUCUAUGGCAUCCGCACUUGGACUCCGAUCAGCUGUUGCUCAACCUCACCUCGCUCGACGUCAUCAAACUCAAGGUCACCCAUCGGCAAUUGGUCGACGCCUACAAACUGGUCGACGCGCCCAUCGAGAACAAACUGGCCAUCUUACACUAUUUCCUCAUUCACGCCGCUGAACCCGACAUUGUGGCUCAGUUGCUCGAACCGAUGGCAGAGCAGUCAAUGGAUCUGGACAUAACCAGCGUGAUGCAAGAGGUGCUGGUGGGUGGGGCAUUCGCCACAGUCAUGCGCAGUCUGCCUUCCGACGCGCAUGCGCUGAUCAAUCUGCUGCCUUUUACCACUGUCAACGCGGCCACGCCCGUCGAAGUCAAGCUGGGCUGUAAGCAUGUAAUGUCGCUGACGCAGGAAGACCUGUGGAAUCCGUCAGUAAUGCUGCUGAUGCCACGUCAGCGGCUGAUGCCCUACCGGCCCGACAUGUGGACGGCGCUCUGGGAUGCGCUGUCAGCCAAAAAGGAGCCGCGCUUCCGGUCGGCCACCGUCGCCGAGAAGCUUAUGGUGUCGCUCGUCUGCUAUCAGCCAGAAGCACUGUCGCGAUGCAGCACGCCCCUCUCUCCUGGCGGCGCCCUGAUUGGCGGUUCGGCCGGCAGUCUGACCGACAUGGCCAUGAUCACUGGUGGUUGGGGUGGUGGCGGGGGUGGCAGGUCAAAAGGGGCGGCAUCAGCUGAUCCGCUGCCCUUCUACGAGGUGGAGUCAUCAGCGGCCAGCAAGCAGGAGCAUGUCAUUUCUGUCAACCUGCGCGAGGUGAGCAUGCACCUGUUGAAGCGAGGUGGUGUGGCGGGCAUGGACUCUGGCAUGCAGGUGCACGCAGUGGCCACCCGGUAUGCGGCCGCUCAGCUGGAGGCGUCGCAUCACCUCUGUCAGCUGGUCACCAGGUCAGCGGCUAUUGAUACAAAGCAUGUGGAGCGCGGAUUUCCUCUCGUGAAUGCGUUGGAGGAGGGCAAACGGGUAAUUCUGUUUUCAGUGAUGGAGCGCUACAACUUGGCCAUUGAGAGCCUGGCGUUUCCCCUGCCUCAGGGUUUUCCCUCGUUCAUGGCCUACCUGGGCUAUCGCACGCUGCCCUUCGCCGUCUUCCUGCAAUACGUGCAGGCCAGUGUUCUGCAAUUGCAGGUCGACGUCAUGAAGGCUAUCAUUGCAGAUUUGUCGGACACGGGUGAAGGCCUGAGACGCAAGCUGCGCUUGCUGCAACUGUUGCCGCGUUCGCGCGCCAAACGCCUGCUGAACCAGUGGACGCAUCCGGCCAGCCUCAUGCUGCGCGCACGCGAGCACACGCUCAACAUACUGGCGGGCGUAGAGGGCGCGCAUCCUCCGCGCCCCGCCCCGCCGCGCCAGCACACCCGGCUCAGGAACCGAGGUAACUCCUUUUUUCUACAUCUAUGGGGUGUGCAUUGAGGGAGAGAGAGAGAGAGAGAGAGAGGUCAGGCGUUACGAGUUUCAGUGGUCUUAGGCUGGCCACUAACGGUAGAACAAGCAUGCACAUACACAGUC